UAUGACCGCCACCUACCAAUGUCAAAUGACCAGUCCACUAUAUACAAAAUGAAGGAAACGUACUGGACCACCAAACAAGUUGUUAUGAAGAAAUUAGGCAAAAAAGAAGAUGAACACAUUGUUGCAUCUGAUUCAGAACUGGAUGCUAAGUUGGAGGUCUUUAAAGCAAUCCAGAAGUCAUCCACUGAUCUAUUAAGAGUGAUUGAAAAAUACCAAGAAAGAAUAUGUGUACUCUCUAGGGAAGAAAAUGCUAUGGGCAGAUUAUUGAAAACCGAAAGUCAGCACGACAAGACGAGGGCGGGAAAAAUGAUGGCAGCCGUUGGCAAGGCUCAGAGUUUCUCCUCUCAGCAGAUGUUACAGCUUCGAGCACCGCUGGUACGACUCUACCAGGAAGUGGAAACGUUUCGACACCGAGCCAUAACAGAUACGAUGAUCACAAUAAACCGGAUGGAAGCUGCCAGGACCGAGUACCGGGGCACUCUUCUCUGGAUGAAGGAUGUCUCCAAUGAACUGGACCCUGAUACAACUAAGCAACUACAGAAGUUCAGAGCCGUGCAGGCUCAGGUCAAGAAAACGAAAUCCAAGUUCGACAAACUGAAACUGGAUGUCAUGCAGAAGGUUGAUCUACUGGCUGCCUCUCGUUGCAACAUGUUCAGCCAGGUCCUGGCAAAGUAUCAGUCAACUCUUCUGCACUUCUGGGAGAAGACGUCAGUCAGGAUGACGGCCGUGGCUGAGAGUUUCAAGGGCUACCAAUAUUACGAGUUUAACAUGCUUAAGGUUGAUGCUAGAAGAUUUCGGUUUUCCCUUUUUUUUUCAGUUCUUUAUCUUCUGUUUUUGUUGUUGUUUAAUGUAGGUCAAGGUUGGUGA